AUGAUGAAAAUGCUAGAGGAUCAUUCAGAUGAUGAAAAUAUUUUUGAAGAUUUAGAUGAAAGCGACGAUAGCGUGACUGAAGAUAACAUGGAAGCACGCAUUGAGAGUUCUGAAUCAGAACAAAACUAUGAAGAAUUCAGCAAUGACGACAGCACAGAUAAUGCUUCAUAUUUUCUCGGAAAAGACAAGUCCAGUAAAUGGUAUCGAGAUAUUCCCAACAAGAAAAAUCGCGCCGCGCCUCAUAAUUUGUUGAAGCAGUUACAAGGUGUUAUAGGCCCUGCAAAGUUAUCAAAAUCUCCAGUUGACUGUUGGAAAUACUUAUUCACUGGAGAUAUUCUGGAUAUCAUUGUAAAAUAUACUAACCAAUAUAUAAAUAUUAUCAAAAAUAAAUAUGGACGCGAACGAGACGCCAAACUUACUGAUGACAUUGAAAUAAAAGCAUUCAGAUGUAUAUUAUAUUUGGCUGGAGCUUAUAGAGCCAAUCGUCAAAGCCUUGAAGAACUAUGGGGAACCAAUGGUGAUGGAGUAGAAAAGUUUGGUAUGGUGAUGAACCUGAAACGAUUUAAAUUUUUGAUGCGUUGGUUAAGAUUUGACGAUAGAAAUACCCGAGAUGAAAGAAAGCUUAUUGAUAAACUUGCACCAAUACGAGAAAUUUUUUAUGAAUUUGUUAAAAAUUUUCAAAAAUGUUACUCUUUGAGUGAAUUUGUAACAUUAGACCUCACAGGUUUUAGAGGAAGAUGUGCAUUUAAACAAUACAUUCCAUCAAAACCAGCAAAAUAUGGCACCAAAAUAUACUCACUUGUUGACUCUAAAAUGUUUUAUACCUAUAAUUUGGAAAUUUAUGCUGGGAAUCAACCCGAUGGACCAUUUGACAUUAGCAAUAAGCCAACAGAUGUAGUGAAGAGAAUGAUUGCACCAUUACGUGGAUCUGAUCGCAACUUGACAGCAGACAAUUGGUUCACUGCCCUGGAUUUUGUGGAAGAACUGAAAGAGAUGAAACUUUCCUAUGUUGGCACAGUAAAGAAAAACAAUAGAGAGCUACCACCUGAAUUUGUCACGACAAAAUCUAGGGAAGUGUAUUCAAGUAACUUUGGACUACAUUAG